AUGACGGUCAGAAAUGAUAAUGAUGAAAGCCCUCCGCCUGACACAUAUCAGGCCCAGUCGGCAACGAAAAUAUGGCUCUUGCUUAUCUCACUUAUGAUAACAAUGUUUUUAGUGGCCUUGGACCGGACAGUUAUUUCAACGGCCAUACCUCGCAUCACCAACGAGUUCCACUCCCUUGACGACGUCGGCUGGUAUGGAAGCUCGUAUUUGUUGACAUGCUGUGCGUUCCAGCUGUUAUAUGGGAAGGUUUACACGUUGUAUGCCGUUAAAGCUGUCUUUCUUGCAAGUAUAUUUUUGUUUGAACUUGGCUCUGCUGUUUGCGGGGCUGCUCCUACCUCGACAGCUUUUAUCAUUGGGCGAGCAAUCUCUGGAGUUGGCGCUGCAGGUAUCUUCGCCGGAUCUGUCGUAUGUAUCGUCUACGCGGUUCCCCUGGAGAAGCGCCCCAAGAUUCAGGGUCUGUAUGGUGCCCUCUUUGGUCUCGCUUCAAUCGUCGGUCCUCUGAUUGGUGGCGCUUUUACCUCCAAUUUAAGUUGGAGGUGGUGUUUUUAUAUUAAUCUGCCCGUUGGGGCCGUCGCGAUGCUGACUAUUCUUUUCUGUCUCAAGAUCCCUGACAGACCGAGCACACGUGUUCCCUGGACAGAGAAGCUCACGCAACUGGAUAUCCCGGGAACCCUGUGCUUGGUUCCGGGGAUUGUCUGUCUUGUAUUGGCACUCCAGUGGGGCGGACAGACAUAUGCUUGGAGUAAUGGCCGUAUCAUCGCCCUGUUUACCGUCAUGGGCAUUUUACUUCUGGCAUUUGUCGGAAUCCAAGUAUUCUGGACAAGAACUGCAACCAUCCCUCCCCGCAUUUUCAAGCAGCGGAGUAUCAUCUCCGGCUUCUGGGCCACCCUGUGUGUUGGUUCUUCGCAAUAUAUUAUUGUAUAUUUCUUGCCCAUCUGGUUCCAAUCCAUCAAAGUAGUUUCAGCCGUCAACUCUGGCAUCCAGCUACUCCCUACGAUGCUCUCGCUAGUUGUAGGCUCCCUUGCUAGCGGGUUAACUACCCCGAAAAUCGGUUACUAUACUCCCUUUGCCAUUUCUGGAUCCUGCAUUAUGAGCAUCGGCGCCGGCCUUCUUACCAUGCUCCAAGUCCACACCGUUGAGGCUAAAUGCAUCGGCUAUCAGAUCCUCUAUGGUUUUGGCAUGGGUCUAUGCUUUCAGCAGCCAAAUCUCGCGGCCCAGGCGGUUCUCUCAACACUCGAUGUGCCGAUUGGGCUGGCCAUUAUCUUUUUCAGUCAGCUACUGGGCGCUGCGGUUCUUGUCCCCGUUGGGGAAAAUGUGUUGGCGAAUCAACUAUUAAAAAGACUAUCUGGCAUUGAUGGCAUCGAUCCUAGCCUUAUUACCUCAACUGGUGCAACAUCCUUACUGGAUUCAGUUCCCGCGGGCCUGAGGGACACGGUCCUUGACGCUUACAACGAGUCACUGCGGACAGUAUUCCAGGUUGGAUUGAUUCUUUCUUGUUUGUCGAUCCUGGGAAAUGCUACACUCGAGUGGGUAAGCGUGCUAAAGGAUAAACAGGCUUCAGCGGCCACUGCCACUGCUGGCACCUCAGAACAAGACAAGACAGAGAUUGAUGAAGAAAAGAUUGUUGGUGGAGGAGCAAAAUAA